AUGAAGAGAUUGAAGAGCUAUUAUAUGCACGUUCGACACCAGCAAGCCGUCGAACGGAAAUGGGUUCUGCCAUUGGUGAUCGGAUCGAUCUUCUCUUUGUUCCUCUUGUUCCUUACAGGCUUAGCUUCGUCUCCGGGAAGAACCCAUUUGAUUCCAUUUUACCGAUCGAUUUCUCUGUACGGAUUCGGAACCUCCGUGUUCGUCGAGUCCAGGAUCAAGCCCUUGCCGGCCUCCGCCUUGCCUCAGCCGCCGCGAUUCGCUUACCUCGUAUCAGGCUCCGCCGGAGAUGGCGAGAUGCUGAAGCGGACGUUAAUGGCGCUCUAUCAUCCGAACAACCAGUACGUCGUUCACCUCGAUCGGGAAUCUUCCCCCGAGGAGCGGCUGGAUCUCAGCAAGUUCGUCGCGGGUAACACCUUGUUCCGAAAAUUCCAGAAUGUUCGGAUGAUCGUGAAGGCGAAUUUGGUAACGUACCGUGGCCCGACAAUGGUGGCAAAUACGCUUCACGCGGCGGCGAUUUUGCUCCGAGAAGGGGGAGAAUGGGAUUGGUUCAUAAACCUCAGCGCCUCCGAUUACCCUCUCGUCACGCAGGAUGAUCUGUUGCACACAUUCUCGUAUCUGCCUCGGGACCUUAACUUCAUCGAUCAUACGAGCAACAUCGGUUGGAAAGAGUACCACAGAGCAAAACCGAUAAUCAUCGACCCGGGACUGUACAUGUCUAAGAAAGCUGAUGUUUUCUGGGUUACGCAGAGAAGGAGUGUGCCUACGGCAUUCAAACUCUACACAGGAUCUGCGUGGAUGGUGCUGUCGAGACCUUUCGUGGAUUAUUUCAUCUGGGGAUGGGACAAUCUUCCGCGGACCGCCCUCAUGUACUAUUCGAACUUCCUCUCCUCUCCCGAAGGCUAUUUCCACACCGUGAUCUGCAACGCUCUGGAGUUCAGAAACACGACAGUGAACAGCGACCUUCACUUCAUUUCGUGGGACAACCCUCCAAAGCAGCACCCUCACCAUCUCACCCUCCUUGACUUUGACAGAAUGGUCGACAGUAACGCCCCUUUCGCCAGGAAGUUCCGGAGGGACGAAGCAGUUCUCGACAAGAUCGACUCGGAACUCUUGCUUCGGCGUCAUGGGAGGGUAACGCCGGGCGGAUGGUGUGUCGGUCCCCGGGAUAACGGGAGUGACCCUUGCUCGGUCACCGGUGACACCUCAGUCUUAAGGCCUGGGGCCGGAGCCAAACGGCUUGAGAAUCUCAUCAGCCAUUUGUUGUCGACUGAGAAUUUCAGGUCACGGCAAUGCCAGUGAGGGGGGAAGCAUAUUCUUGGGUAAUGAUCAAAGCCCAGUUUUGUACCCUGAAACGCGAGGAUUACAGAGAAUACAAACGAGGGAGAGAGAAUGUUGAUGUGGUUAUAUAGCUCUGGAUCUCAUGGAUUCUUUGUGUAUGUAUGAUGAAGCCCGGUACGAUGGAUUGGAUUCUGCUCUUUAUUCUCAGUGUCGCUCACUUGUUGCCUCAUCGUUCAUCAGUGGCUUCUUGGAGAUUCAA